CAGCAAACCCAAAACGUCACCCAAUUUCAACUUUCCGUUAGAAGUGGGCCCCGAAACUGCCACGUGUCCACUAAAUGAUCUGCCAACACUCGUUUGAAAACUUUCGUUACGAUUUGAAAUUGAAACCUGCUAUUUCCACGCUCCCCAUUGCUAAUAGUACUCGUGCAAGAUUUCUCUUUAUAUGAAUUGCCUUCAAUCUUCUUUUCAAUAUAACAGACGAAAACCUGGAAUUUGAUUCGGUGGCAAUGAUUUACGACGCUGCUGAAGAGGAUUUCGGGGUUGGGGAUUACGUGAAAUUGGAGGAAGGUUCAGACGGUGGGACCUACAGGAAGGUAGUUGCUGAGGGGUCGACAUCGGGUUGUUGUGGCGGAAAUGGUGGCGGUGGCGGAGGGUGGUUGUGGUCGUUGUGGUGGUGGGCGAAACUGGUGUUGGUGGUGGCGUUUUUAGUGCUGUUGGGUGCUGUUUUCUUCAAAUGGGUCGGACCCUUCUUCAUGGAUAAGGAAAUCAUCCCCAUUAUAAUUUGGGAGAGGGAAACAUUCAGCAAAUCAAUGCUAGCACUUCUAGUAUUUAGCUCCAUUGCCCUAUUUCCUACCCUGCUUUUACCUUCUACUCCUUCCAUGUGGGUGGCCGGGAUGACUUUUGGAUAUGGGUACGGAUUUUUGCUGAUCAUUGGAGCAGUGGCUAUUGGUGUCUCCCUUCCCUAUCUCAUCGGUUUUCUAUUCCAUCAUAAGAUCCAAGUUUUGUUGGAAAAAUAUUCUAAGCAAGCUUCCAUUAUAAAACUCGCUGGUGAGGGAAAUUGGUUCGAUCAGUUGCGAGAUGUCACCUUGAUUAGGAUUUCUCCUUUCCCUUAUGUUGUAUAUAAUUACUGUGCUGUGGCUACCGAUGUGAAUUAUUGUCCUUACUUGUUGGGGACACUGGUAGGAAUGGUGCCUGAAAUAUUUGUUGCAAUUUACACCGGCAUCUUGAUAGAAACUUUGGCCGAUGCUUCUAAUGAUCGGCGCUCAUUAUCAGCAGCACAGAUUAUUUGCAACGUUAUUGGCUUUUGCAUUUCCUUGGUAACGACAGUGAUUGUCACCUUAUGUGCAAAAAGGCGACUCAAGAAACUACAAGCUGAAGAGGAGCGAUUGUUGCGAUGAGUUUUUGUACUUUUACGGCUGGAUCAAGUUGGAAAAUGGCGAAAAAGAGUCACUACGCAGCAUUAUAUGUCAAUAGUUUGUCCUGUCGAUGUUCAUUGACGUGUUAUGGCUGCAUAGAGUGGAUGGCGAGGGAGACGAGAGAAGAAAGGUAAGAUGAUUGACAUCAUAGUAAGCACGUUAAUUUCGAAAGAAACAUUACAGAUUUUUUUUAACCUAAUAUUCUUUAGCA